AUGGAGAUGGGCGACUUGUUCCCGAAUGCUGAAAUCAUUGGGAACGACUUGAGCGCCAUUCAGCCUGGCUGGGUUCCUCCCAACGUCAAGUUCGAAAUCGACGAUCUCGAGAGUCCCUGGCUUGAGGAUAUGAAGUAUGACUUCAUCUUCUCUCGCUACAUGGCAGCCUCCUUAAGCAACUGGCCUAAGUACGUGAGGAACAUAUACAAGGGUUUGAACAACGAGGGUUGGGGCGAGUUCCAAGACUACAGUCUCCUGUUUGGUUCGGGUGAUGGGACUCUGACCGAGAAGCACGAAACCGACCGAUGGGACAAGCUGGCUUGCGGGAUUUGCGACGACCUUGGCCGUGAGCAUUCGCCAGGUCCGAAAUUGGAGCAGUGGGUGAAGGAUGCCGGGUUCAAGAAUAUCGUCCAUCACCACUAUAAAAUACCGAUUGGGCCUUGGCCCAAGGAACAGCAUUACACAAGGAUCUCGCUGCUCGACGGGUUGGAGGGGUUCACCCUGAAGUUGUUCUGCGGCGUUCUUGGAUGGACGAAGGAAGAGGUGAUAGUGCUUCUCGCCAACGUUCAAAAGGAGAUGAAGUCCAAUGAGUUCCACGCGUACCUUAACUUUCAUGUAGUCUACGGGCAAAAGCUGGAGGAGGAGGAGGAUGAGGAGGCGGCGGCGGCGGAGUAG